CAACAAGGAAAUCUAAAUGCUCGGAAGCGCCCUUCCAGUGGAUAUCGUCGUUAUGCAAAAUUCAUAUAACGCCAUCAAAAAUACCUGUUAAGGUUUCAAAGAUUUCAAACGUGAAGGUGACGAUUACUUUUGAUCAUCUUCCAAAGCCGCGAAAAGAGGAUGCAUUUAAAUGCAGACUUGUAAAUAUUAAGAACGACAUCAUUGCCUCGGAUAUGCAAGCAGAGAACAAAGAAAGUGCGAUUACUUGUGCCAUGCCUUUCAUAAAAGAACAUAUAGAGUUAAAACUUGGGGUUUCAGUCCAGACAACUUUGAAUGAGAGUAUCCUUAUUUCAGAGGCAACCAUUUUAUUUUUCGAAUGUAUUAACUUGCACAGAUGCGGUGACUGUAUAGAAAUAUCGAACCACCAAUGUGGCUGGUGCAAUGAUGCAAUGAACUGUAUGCCACACAAUUCGCUGUGUAAAAGUCAGCUUAUAAUUGAAAAAACGUUUUGUCCACAGCUGACAGAUUCACGUGGGCGCCUUUAUGUACAUGCCGGUACUUUGACCUCUGUGCUCUUUCAAGGAAAACAUCUUCCAAAGGUACCUCAUUUGUCAGAUAGUCCACUUCAAGAUGAAACAACUGAAAUUUACUAUAGUUCUCAUUGGGCAAGAUCUUCAAAUUUAAUGGAUGACUUCAAAAAUUAUGGUAAUUUAAUAUCAUUUUUAUGA